AUGUCUAAAGAUUUGACUCCAGCGCAAGCCAAGGCUCUCAAAAAGCAGCAGAAGCAAGCCCAACGAGCAGCUCGUAAAGAGCAAGGCGGAAAUGUCGGCGGAGCUCCCCAGGCGUCCCAGCAGCAGCAUGGUAGUCGAAAACAUACCGCGGUUGGAAACGUUGGGCAGUCCUCUGCACCCGAGACGGCUGCUCCUGAUAGGCCGUUUGCUCAUCUUGAUCAGCACAAGCCUAUUGUAUCGGCAGCGGAUAUCCACCCUGCCAUUCUAAAUCUGGCGUUGCAAAUGCGUCGCUGCAAUGUGCUGGGAUCUACCCAGAGGUGUGUUGCUAUGAUGGAGGCAUUUUCUAAAGUUAUUGAGGACUACCAAUCUCCUCCUGGUACAACUCUAGGUCGCAGUUUGGCUGCCCACCUUUCGCGCCAGAUUGAGGUACUCAAAGUUGGAAGAGCACUGAGCGUAAGUCAGGGUAAUGCGAUUCGGUGGCUGAAACAACAUCUUUCAGCAGUGCUUGACUUUAAAGAUGUCGCUGCCAAAGAAGAGCUUCAGCUGGCUAUCAAGUCGUUUGUCCGUGAGCGGUUAGAAGUGGCGGCUAAGGUCAUUGUCAAAAGUGCCGGAACCCACAUUCGCAACGGAGAUACAGUCUUGACAUUUGGCCAUUCGUCGGUAGUGUACCAGACACUUGCUGCAGCCCGCAAGGAAGGCAAAGAAUUCAGCGUGAUCUGUGUUGAUACUCCACCUCUGUUCGAGGGUAAACGCUCGGCGGUUGAGCUGGUUGAACUUGAAAUCCCCACUAGUUACAUUUUGAUCUCGGCUGUCCCUUAUUUGCUUGACACCGUUACUACUGUCAUGGUGGGUGCACACGCAAUGGUGUCUAAUGGCCACUUAUAUUCACGAGUUGGCACCUCGCUUGUUGCCAUGGCUGCCUUUGAUCGUAACAUCCCCAUGCUUGUGCUUUGUGAGACCCUCAAGUUCAGCGAGCGUAUCCAGCUUGACGCCUUUUCUGUCAACGAAAUGAUUCCUGGCGAGGGCCCCAACAGUGUGUUUUAUGACCUGACCGACUCAAAGUACAUUUCAAAGGUCAUUACAGAGGUCGGGGCUCUUCCUGCCUCGUCCGUCCCCGUGAUUCUGCGAGAGUACAAAACGCAACAGGUCUAA